AUGAUCCCUGAAGCACUGACCCCAGAAUCGAGGAUCCCGAAAAUGAACUUCAUCCACACCGACGACGCCCCCGCAGCGAUCGGCCCCUACUCCCAAGCAGUCGCCGUCGAUGGCUGGCUCUACACCUCGGGACAGAUCCCGCUCGAUCCCGCCACCGGCAAGAUGAUCGAGGGCGAUUUCGAGGCUCAGACCCGCCAGGUGCUGACCAACCUGCGGGCGGUGCUGGCCGCCGCGGGCUGCACUUUUUCGAACAUCGUCAAAGCAACGGUCUACGUCGCCGACAUGGCCGACUUCCCACGCCUCAACAAGCUCUACGAAGAGGCCAUGGGCGAGCAUCGUCCAGCCCGCUCGACGGUCCAGGCCGCCCAGCUACCGAAAGGCUCGCGGGUCGAGAUCGAUUUGGUCGCGCGGAUUCCCUGA